CCCAAUUCCAAUUGUUCAAUUCUUUCUUCCCCACGAAACCACCCAACCUCCUCCUAAUCUCUCCGUCUCCGAGAUCAAUCAAAAGAAGAUGCAAAGCCCAGAUCCAACGGCGGAGGACGAAUCCCAGGCCGUCAGCCGCCGCAUCCAGCGGUUGUCCCUGCACCUGACCCCCAAGUACCCACUUCCCCGAAACUACGCAGCUCAGCAGCUUGAGCUGGUGGAGUGCGCUUCCAAGGCGGCGAAGCUGACGGUUGACACGAGCAGCCUCUCAAACUACAUGAGAGGCAAGCACCGGGAAAUCCAGGACAGAGUGUUGGAUUACUUCAACAAGCAGCCGGAGCUUCAGACGCCGGUGGAGAUUUUGAAGGACGACCACCGGGAGCUUUGCAUGAAGCAGCUUGUGGGGUUGGUGAAAGAGGCUGGGAUCAGGCCUUUCCGGUACGUCGUCGAUGACCCGGCCAAGUACUUUGCUAUUUUGGAGGCCGUUGGCAGCGUCGACAUGUCUCUCGGGAUUAAGAUGGGGGUGCAGUACAGUCUUUGGGGAGGUUCUGUACUUAACUUAGGAACCAAAAAGCACAAGGAUAAGUAUUUUGAUGGUAUCGACAAUAUGGAGUAUCCAGGUUGUUUUGCUAUGACUGAACUACAUCAUGGAUCAAAUGUUCAAGGUCUACAAACCGAGGCAACCUUUGAUCCACUCACAGAUGAUUUUAUAAUCGACACACCCAAUGAUGGGGCCAUCAAAUGGUGGAUUGGCAAUGCUGCCGUUCAUGGAAAGUUUGCUACUGUUUUCGCUAAGCUGAUGUUGCCGACUCAUGACACAAAAGGUAUUACUGAUAUGGGUGUCCAUGCCUUCAUUGUGCCAAUAAGGGAUUUCAAGACCCACCAAACUCUUCCAGGAAUUGAGAUACAUGAUUGUGGCCACAAGGUUGGUCUGAAUGGGGUAGACAAUGGAGCAUUAAGAUUCUGCUCAGUGAGAAUCCCUCGUGAUAAUCUUCUUAAUCGGUUUGGAGAUGUCUCCCGGGACGGGAAAUACACAAGUAGUUUACCAUCUAUAAAUAAAAGAUUUGCUGCCACUCUAGGUGAACUUGUAGGUGGGAGGGUCGGUCUUGCAUAUUCUUCAGUUAGUGUCCUCAAGAUCGCUGCCACAAUUGCAAUCCGAUAUUCUCUACUGCGCCAGCAGUUUGGUCCUCCCAAGCAACCUGAAGUUAGUAUUCUUGAUUAUCAGUCUCAACAACACAAGUUAAUGCCCAUGCUGGCUUCAACUUAUGCAUUCCAUUUUGCCACGUUGCAUUUGGUGGAGAAAUAUUCAGAGAUGAAAAAGUCUCAUGAUGAACAAUUGGUUGGUGACGUCCAUUCGCUUUCAGCAGGGCUCAAGGCUUAUGUGACAGCAUAUACGGCAAAGUCAUUAAGUAUCUGCAGGGAAUCUUGUGGAGGCCAUGGGUAUGCUGCUGUCAACCGCUUCGGUAGCCUGAGAAAUGACCAUGACAUUUUUCAGACGUUUGAAGGGGACAAUACAGUGCUUCUACAACAGGUUGCGGGUGAUCUGUUGAAGCAAUAUAAGGAGAAAUUUCAAGGCGGGACACUCACUGUCACAUGGAACUACCUCAGAGAGUCCAUGAACUCGUAUCUAUCUCAGCCAAAUCCAGUGACUGCUCGAUGGGAAAGCGAAGACCAUUUGCGAGAUCCUAAGUUCCAGUUGGAUGCUUUCAGAUACCGAACUUCUCGAUUACUUCAAAGUGUUGCAGUAAGACUGCGCAAGCAUUCCAAAACUCUUGGCAGUUUUGGUGCAUGGAAUCAAUGCUUAAAUCACCUUUUGACUCUGGCGGAGUCCCAUAUUGAGUCAGUCAUCCUUGCCAAGUUUGUUGAAGCUGUCCAGAAAUGUCCGGAUCCAAGUUCUCGAGCUGCUCUGAAACUCGUCUGUGAUCUUUAUGCAUUGGAGCGCAUUUGGAAAGACAUAGGAACCUAUCGUAAUGUUGAUUAUGUUGCACCAAACAAAGCUAAGGCAAUUCACAAACUGAUGGAGUACCUGAGUUUCCAGGUGAGAAAUAUAGCAAGGGAACUUGUAGACACAUUUGACAUUCCAGAUUAUGUCACAAGAGCCCCAAUUGCAAUGCAGUCGGAUGCCUACUCACACUACACACACUACGUCGGAUUUUAAUUCCCACUGAACUUCUUUCCUUUUUGAGCAAAAGAAAGCAGGAAAUAUAUGUUUGCAUAAUUGUCAAUGCCAAAUUGGCUUAACAUAGGAAUGAUGAUUGGUGAAAGGCUAGCCGACAUUCACCUCUCCCAGACCCUGCGUAAAGUGGGAGCCUUGUGCACUGGGUACGACCUUUUACAAUAAUUGAUCGGUGAGAGUUCGUAGGGAAAAGGUGGAUAUAGGUCUCACAGUGCAGGACUAUAUCAUGUUCUGUUGUAAAACUAUCAAACGGCAAUUCUUAUUAGAAAUGCAAUUCGUGCUUGAUAUG